CUUUUUCAUAUCUAAUUAAGAGCUCUGUCGAUGUUCGUAUACGUAUAGGCGUAGCGUAUAUACCGUUUUGUCGGACCGUGGUGGGUGGAUCUCGGCGUCGGAUAAAACAAUGGCGGCCGACAAGUACAACUUGAAGAACCCGGCGGUGAAGCGGAUUAUGCAGGAGUACAAAGAGAUGCAAUCUAAUCCUUCCGAUGAUUUCAUGAGCCGCCCUCUCGAGGAAAAUGUAUUUGAAUGGCAAUUUGCAAUCAGGGGACCCCGUGAUACUGAAUUUGAAGGCGGAAUCUAUCAUGGAAGGAUCCAGUUGCCCGCAGAAUACCCAUUGAAGCCACCUUCGUUUAUGUUGUUAACUCCGAAUGGACGUUUCGAAACCCAAACCAAGAUUUGCUUAAGCAUAUCAAAUCAUCAUCCUGAGCAUUGGCAGCCGUCGUGGAGUGUGCGGACGGCAUUAGUUGCACUUAUGGCAUUUAUGCCCACAAAUCCAAAUGGUGCACUGGGCUCACUGGACUACAAGAAGGAAGAGAGGCGAGAUCUGGCCAUAAAAUCUCGUGAAACACCCCCAAAGUUUGGGGCUCCUGAACGUCAAAAGCUAAUUUAUGAGAUUCAUGAAUAUAUGCUAAGCAAGAUACCCCCUGUUCCUCAAGAUGGCACCUCAGAGGCUCCCGAAGAACAGAGCACAAACAGUGAGGGUGAAGCCCAGGUGAAUUCGCAAGAUGCCGGUGGUGAUAGGAUUAUUGAAGAAGUGCAUGAGGUCCCUUUAAAUGCCGAGUCCAGCCCUGCAGAAGUUAGGGUUUCAAAGGAGGUUCCGUCCAAUAGCUCAAAUGAUCAGCAGCUGCAAAAGCCAAGGGUUCAUAAAGCGGCUGAUGAUCGCUUGUUUACAUGGGCUGCUGUUGGACUGACCAUUGCAAUUCUUGUUCUUUUGCUGAAGAAGCUCAUGAAAUCUAGUGGACAUGGUGCUCUAUUCACUGAUGGGUCUUAGAUUUAUAGGCUGUUUAAGCUGGCUCGACAAUUCAACAUGCUAUGCAGUAUAGUAAUAUAUAUAAAUAAUCCGAGGUUUUCAUUUAAAUUUGAAGAGUUUGUAAUAUAUUAUAUCAAGAUCCUCUCGAUGUGCCUAGUUCUUGUAACCAAUAACGCGCAUUCCUACCGGUUUGCAAUUGCAAGCAUGCUUAUCCAUUUAUUGUUUAGCC